AUGGCGACAGAGGUUUUUCGCGGCAGGUACACUGAUGAGUCGGUCAUAUCACAGUACCUCAGAGUAAUAUUUCCGCGCCAGAAAUGCCAAAUUUCGUCAGAAAGAGGACGCUUCUUUUGUACUAUCCCACGCAAAUUGACGCAGGUAUGGCAAGCUAUCGAGUCAGCCGAUCAAAUUUAUCAUAUGACACGCCCUUUGCUAACCAUUCGACCUCAAGAAUGA